UAUUUUAGUUUCACAUUGUAUCCUCUAGGUGGCGACAGAGAACAGACGCGCCAUCUAUUUUAGUAGCGUGUGGCCGAAUCUCAAAUGUCUUCCUGGAUUUCUGUCGAAGUGCACUACUUAUGUUGCAAUACAGUCCUUCAUGAACCCUACGUAGUGUACUAUUUUUAGAUGGGGCCUAGUGAGCGGUCGUCACGUGACGCGAAGGGAGUGGGGGCGGAAAUAUGCCGGAAGUUGAGAGACGUCAGCGUGGAGAGAAAUAGGGGUAAGAGAAGCGGUACGCGGAGUGACGGGAUGUGAGGAAAGAGUGAGAGAGAGAGAACGACUCCGGGAUGGCGGCUGAAACCCUGACGCUGUUAAUUAAGCUGCUCGCUGCGGUUUUUUACGGCGUGAGUUCUUUCUUCAUAGUUGUGAUCAACAAAAGCGUGCUGACCAACUACAGGUUUCCUUCAUCGAUAUGUCUCGGCAUUGGGCAGAUGUUGGCCACAGUGUUGGUGCUGUGGUCCGGAAAAGCUCUGCGGGUGAUCACCUUCCCUGGGUGGGAGCUCAACAUCGUAAGCAAGACCUUUCCUCUACCUCUUCUAUAUGUAGGCAAUCAAGUAACCGGACUGUUUGGAACAAAAAGGCUAAAUUUGCCAAUGUUUACAGUGUUGAGGAGGUUCUCCAUUCUCUUCACAUUGCUUGCUGAGGGCUUCUUGUUAAAGAAGACAUUCUCAUGGCCAGUUCAGCUCACUGUAUUCACAAUGAUCUUUGGGGCUUUUGUCGCUGCAAGUGCCGACCUGUCCUUUGACCUUCAGGGCUAUGUAUUCAUCUUAAUGAAUGAUAUCUUAACUGCUGCUAAUGGAGCCUUUGUUAAACAGAAGCUGGACUCUAAGGAGCUGGGAAAGUAUGGUCUACUCUAUUACAACGCUUUAUUUAUGAUCCUGCCUACACUCCUUUUGGCACAUGUCACUGGAGACAUGGAUAAGGCCCUGGAUUACGAGGGCUGGUCAGAUAGGCUCUUUGUCGGACAGUUCAUCAUGUCUUGCAUAAUGGGGUUUAUCUUGAUGUACUCCACCGUGCUCUGCACUCAGUACAACUCGGCAUUAACAACGACCAUAGUUGGCUGUCUGAAAAAUAUAUUAGUGACUUAUAUCGGAAUGGUGUUUGGAGGGGAUUAUAUUUUCUCCUGGACUAACUUCAUAGGUCUGAACAUCAGUAUUGCUGGUAGUCUGGUGUACUCGUACAUAACGUUCACGGAGGAACAGAGCAGCAAACAGGGCGAGAGCAUCAACAAGCUGGAGGUGAAGGGGAAAGUGGCUGUAUGAGCAGCGCUUCAGCUCAAGGCUUCGAGGAAACCGUAUCCUGUAGUGUUUGGGCUUCGGGUGACCCAGAAUGUGAAGGGCAAAACACGUCAGGGCCGAUGUAAAAACAUCGCUUAUGAACUGAGCAAGAUAAGACACGUCGAACUGCCAAGUGUGGUAUGAUGUCAUUGCGAAAUGAAAGAAAACUUUGUAUGUGUUGAUUAUUUAUCCUCUGGGGUUUUUUUUUUUUUUUUUAAAAAAACAACAUAUAUGUUUAUGGGAGAUCGAGACUGUAUUUUGAAAUGAUUUUGGCAUGUUUUCUGGGUACUCUCAACUUGAAUUUCUAUAUUUUCUUAUCAAACUAAACAGUAUAACUUGUCAUUUAUGGCAAUAUUAUGCCAUUUUUGUUUUUGUUUCCAUGAACGUGCCAUAUUCUUGCUAUUUUAUGUUAGUAUUGUAUAUUAGUAGAAGGCUUAUAUUGUUAAGUUUUAUGUUGUUGUUUUUUUCUUUCUUCAGUAUUAGAAAUGUCUGUGUAGACAUUCCACAUAGGAUCAUGUAGUAACUUGUUUUUUUGUAUCCUGCUGUGCUGUUUUCUUGCACUUUAAAGAGGUCACAGGUACUUUUUAUUUCGUAACGAACAAUGAGGAAACGUUUACUGUAGGUUAGUGAAAACUAAACUCAAAUUUUUUCCAUUGUUUUUAGAACUGCAUUUGGGUGAUGAGAGGACAAAGGAAAGAUGUAUGUCCUGCAUACAUCAGCAUUAAUAUCGUUGGUACUUUUUGACCAAGUCAAAAUGUGAAGACAAGUUCAGUCAGUGCUAUCUAGAUGUUAUACAUCUGGAAUCCUCUGUAAUUUGGCUGUAUCCAGUCCGAAUAUUUUUGCCUGCAUGCAAUACACAAAGAGAUUAAAACAUUUAUCAUACAGUUGAAUUAUUUUUUUUUUUUCCUCAGAUGAAUGCUCAGCUUUCAAGCUUAAGGAUGUUCUAGCUAUAGAUGUCUUGUUUUUGUGUUGCUUUUUGGUUAUGGUUAUUUUAAAAGAUCCUCACAGAGCACUGAAACAUUAAGACAUGGAAACAGCUUGUAUUUACCUUUUAGUAUUUUUCCAUUGGACAUUGUUUGUAGGAAUUGUUUUCUUUUCUUUUUUUAAUUUUUUUUUUUUUUUUUUUUUUUACUUUUUUUUAUUUUAUUUUGUUCAUAUCAACAAAAGCUCUGUGGUUUUAGAAGUGCAAAACCGAGCUUGCAUGUAUGUUAUUAAAAUACCUCAGUUUUCCAUUGGUUGGAUUUACUCUUUUUUUUUUUUUUCUUUCUUCCUUUCUCCAGACCGCCAGAUUAUUUUUCUGUUUUAUUUAUUAUGUAGUUUCCUGGAGUAACUAAUGUGAAAUUAGUCAUUUAGUCAUUUGGAGUAUUCUGUCUAGUGUGUACUUGUGUAACUGGUGCUGGUGUAUAUAUUAAUUUGUUCAUGUAAAGACAGUAAGGAAAUGUGCAAUGUGAAAUGCUGCAUCAUCUCAUAUUGCCGAUGUGUUUAUCCCCCCCCCCCCCCCCCGGUACACUUUUUACAGUUACUUGUUACCUGCUAAUCUAUGGUCCAAUAAUUUAAGGUCUAAUGUUACCUUUCACAUACCUUCGAGUUUGAAAUCUGGUCAAGCCCAAAAUGGCCCAUUAAUGGUCUUGACUAUAAAUCAUUGGUCAGGAAAUUAGAUAGUGACUUAAAAGGGGAUAGCUUUUCCCUUUGAUUUCUUUAAAAGUUUAAAGCCUUGUGGGUAAACUUGCAGACAGAUUUUUAUUUUUAUUUUAUUUUAGUUUUUAGCAUUAUUUGUAAUUUAUUUUAAUUUUGUCCACCCAGACACGUGUUAGUUUGCAGUUUACAUCAAACAUUUGAAGCAUUAUCAUGAUUUUACCUUUGCCUACAAGAAGACUAUAUAAGUGAACUUCCCUGUUUCUAGCUUUUCCCCUAGACAGUUCACAGACCAGGGUCUGUUUUUCUUUCUUUUUUUAUGUUCUCCCCAUGUCUUUGUGGGUUUCCUUUGAGUUCUCUGGUUUCCUUGCAUGCCUGUAGGUGGAUUGCCUAUGUUAAAUUCACAAGGAUUGAAUGAGGGUGCUCUAUCCAGGGUGGAUUCCUGCUUCAUACCCAGCCUUCCCAGGAUAGGCUCCGGAUCCACUGUGACCAGGAUAAAGUGCUUUCUGAAGAGGGAUGUUCAAAUGAUUAAUUUUAUGUUGAGCGCUAGCUGUUAAUUUGAAUUUCAGUAAUUUAAUCCGUCACCUGUUAAAUUAUAAUCCGUGUCCAAUGUUAUUUGUUAAUUUCAGGUCAAGUGUUUUCCAUGUAAAAGGACAGCUCACCUUCAUGCUUCAUCAAGGAAAAAUAAUUAGUCUUGUACUACCUUUUUUACAAUAAUAAUUAUAGCUGUAAAUGUAAUUUACGUGGCCAAGUCCACUACCUUUACUUUUGGCAUGCUGUCAAUAUGUAAAAUUUAAAGUUCAACUUUUUUUUCUUGAUAAUUAUUUAUAAUUAGACUACAGUGUAUCAUGUAGCACUUUUGUUGAUAUUUGGCCAAAAACCCAGGACUAUAGUUCGCAAAAGUAGGUUUUUAACAUUGGUGUCCAGCUCGACGGAUACCAAUGGUUCUCCAGGCAAAGUUGUUUCAAAUGAAAACAGCUAUCAUUUGAUAUACGUUACUUGUGUAUUUUGACAACACUGCAUUAUAUAUAAUGCAUAUAUACUUUGUGUAUUGUAUCUAUAUAACCAGGU